AUGAGCGGCAGUAUGAGUGCAGAACAGCAGGACAAGGUGGCGCAGUUCAGUGCCAUCACCGGCGCAAACCCUAGUGCUGCUGUCACUGCACUGCAAUCGGCAAACUGGAACCUCGAAGAGGCUGUGGGACUCUUCUAUGCCGCUGCCGACGAGCCGCAAGAAGACGAGGACGAUGUAGAUGAGCAGGACCAACCCACACACCAAACAGCACAAGCUCCAGUACCAAGCACAUCGUCGCAGCCAUCAAGUAGUAGCCAGAAACCUUCAGGUCAACGUCCAAAGCAGAUGUCGUUGCGCGAUUUGCUGCGCGGCGACGAUGACGGCGAAGAAGAAGACAAGAACCAAGACAUGUUCGCGGGGGGCGAGAAGAGUGGACUUGCAGUGCAGAAUCCGGACAAUCGUGGCGGGCCACCCGACCACUUCAAGAACAUCAUGAACCAGGCACGUGCAAAUCGUGACAGACCGAAAGCUGCGGACGAGGACGAGGACGAACCACAGCCGACUCGCAGCAGUCACUUCACGGGUCGGGCACAAACCUUAGGUGGCGAUGAUGCGCCGUCUCAGGUCCUUGAGGAUGCAGCGGCAACUAGAGCGCAAGGCGGACAGAGGCAGCCCCGGGUCACACGGACGCUGCAUCUCUGGUCGGACGGCGUGAGUAUUGACGACGGCCCACUAUUCCGCUUCGACGACCCAGCGAACCAAGACAUGAUGACGCAGAUCAACCAAGGCCGCGCACCGCUUAGCAUGCUGGAUGUACAACCGGACCAAGAAGUUGAUCUCAGCCUUGCGCCGCAUCGUGGCGAGAACUACGUGCAACCAAAGAAGCAAUACAAGCCAUUCGGAGGCUCAGGCCAGCGUCUCGGAUCACCCACUCCAGGCUUACCUCCAGCAUCUUCUUCGUCGACCACAUCCACGGCACCCAGGUCGCAACAGGCGCCGGCGACUUCAGCAACUUCCCAAUCGCCGGCACAGGUGGAAGUUGAUGAGAGCGCACCCGUCGUCCAGCUUCAAAUCCGGCUCGGGGAUGGUACCCAAAUGCGCAGCAGAUUUAAUACCAGCCAUACCAUCGGCGACGUCUAUGACUUUGUAAAUCGCGCCUCACCCGCCUCUACUCAACGCGCUUAUGCGUUGAUGACGACCUUUCCAAGUAAGGAGCUUAGCGACAAAUCCCAGGUCUUAGGCGACAUUGCGGACUUCAAAAGAGGAGGAGUUGUGGUUCAGAAGUGGGUUUGA